GCCCGGCCCGGCCCGGCCCGACCCGACCGCGCUGUGCUCCGCAGGUUCGACAACUACUCUGCCAACGUCAUGGUGGACGGGAAGCCGGUGAACCUGGGGCUGUGGGACACGGCCGGGCAGGAGGACUACGACCGGCUGCGGCCCCUCUCCUACCCCCAGACCGACGUGUUCUUGAUCUGCUUCUCCCUGGUGAGCCCGGCCUCCUUCGAGAACGUCCGUGCCAAGUGGUACCCAGAGGUCCGGCACCACUGCCCCAACACACCCAUCAUCCUGGUGGGCACCAAGCUGGACUUGCGGGAUGACAAGGACACCAUCGAGCGGCUGCGGGAUAAGAAGCUGGCCCCUAUCACCUACCCUCAGGGCUUGGCCAUGGCGCGGGAGAUCGGGUCAGUGAAGUACCUGGAGUGCUCGGCCCUGACGCAGCGGGGCCUGAAGACAGUGUUUGAUGAGGCCAUUCGUGCCGUGCUCUGCCCGCCACCCGUCAAGAAGCCUGGCAAGAAGUGCACGGUGUUCUGAGGGUGCGGCGCGGCCUUGCCUGGCCCAGCCGCAGGGGCUGCAAUGUGCAGGGCCCUUCAUCAUGUAUGAAGUCAGUGUUUUUUAAUGUCUCUUGAGUUAACGUCAGUGUUGAUGUGAAGGGGCAGUGGGGGCAGGAAGUGAGCAGGGGGGCGGCGCAGCCCCUGGCAGGUGGGCAGGGCAGCUCCCUGGGCCACGGGGCUCUCUGACUCCAUGCCCGGGAGGGGCUGAGACACCCGCUUCCCAGGAGAAGCACCACCUGGGGAGCGGGGCUUCUUCCCCCAGCCCACCGUGGCUGGUCCUUGCCAGGCUGGUGCAAGAGGUGAGAUGUGCCAACUGCAGUGGUGGGAACCCAGCGACUGCCCUGGGCAGGGCGAGGACAGAUGGGAGCCCAGAGGCUGGAGAACGAGCUAUGAGGUGCUUUAUUGGGUGCUACACGCUAGCGGGACUAAGCGAAACAGCCCCGCACCAUCCACCGGGCGCAGACACCACGGGAUGCUCCACAAGGCCUGCCUCCUGCGCCCACCCAGUCUCUGCAGGGCAGGGCUGAGGUU